AUGCUGGCCAUGCCCCCAACCGCCGCAUUUCAGAUGAGCGUGCCGCUGGACGAGUUUCCCGUGCUGCCCUUUACAGUCGCCAUCGUUGAAUCGGCCACCGUUGUGCUGGCCAGCCUGCGCCCGCUCGACACCGGUCCGGCUUCCAAGCAUCAGACGAACCGGGUCGUGAGCAUGUGCGUGCACUUGGGCUGGGACCUGGUUCGAUGGAAACCGACGCUGGAGGCCGUGGUGGCCGAGAUCAAGACCAUGACAGCGCUGCGGGGCGUGACGCGGCUCUUUACCGGGGUGUACCUGGUGGCCAACCUGCCCGGAGGCCCCGAGAUGGGCUGCGACCGGGUCAAGUGGCCCCAACGCUGCCAGAUCUCGGCGCGCCUGGUGACGGAGAUGGCCGUGUGCGCGCUGAGGGACUUCCUCGUGGGCUCGCCGUUCUCGACCUUCACCGGUGUGAUCGCCGCGCAGCGCGAGUGCAUUCAGCGGAAGGACUCGGCCACCACGGCCCAGCGCCCCGCUCACCCCCUCACUUUCUGGCCUUGA